AUGUCAACACCUCCAGCAGUAGCCACAGCAGCACAACCCUUGUUUAUGACUGAUGCGCGAAUGGGACCGCUGAAUUUUAAUAUUAAUCAAACACCUGGCGGAGUUAAUUUGUUGACUAGAGCAGGAGUAGGCGUAGUACCACGACCACAACCGCCUCUAAUGCCAUUUAUGGUGCCGUCACCAUCGACUUCUUUCGUCAAUGAACAGCUCUUGAAUCAACCAUUCAAUAAUAACAAUAAUAAUAGUCCUUUAUUCAGUGGACAUCAACGGGGAUAUCGAUUCAAUAGAGCUGAUUUGACUCCAAAUCAACAGCCAUAUCAGCAAAGACACCAGCAGCAGCAACAACAGCAACAGAUCUCUACAUUCAGAAAUAGGAAUAUGAAUAUGGAUGGUAAUGAGAAUAUAAUUCAUCGUGAGUUUAUUUAUUAUCAUAGGAUUCAUUCAGUUGACUAUUAA